ACAAAAAUAAAAACAAAAUUAAAAAAUUAACACUCCACUUCACCCACCAAACCAAAGCAAAAGGGAAAGAAAGAGAUAAAAAAGGUAGCUUCAAUUUCUCAGUUUCAUAGCAAUUAUCGCCGAAAAAUCCAAAAUUUCAACUCCUAUUUCUCUGCAAAUCAUUCUCCAAACAUCAAUAUACUCUUUUCUCAAUUUCUCACUUUCAGGUGAGAAAGAGAAACAAACAAUGCUUUUAUCCUUAUGACAAGUAUAUCUGAACUUAUGAGGGAUGGUACUGGUUUGUGAUGCUGUUAAAGACUAUUUUUCUCAAAACAUGCAUGUAACACAAUCUAGUUUUCAUUGAGAUCAGUUGAAGAGUGGGAAAAAUUAGAAGCUAGUUGGAAAAAUGGGUUCUGUUUGUUGUUGUUUGAGCUUUGAUGAUUUUGAAGAUUAUGCAAAUCCAAAUAAUCCUGUGUAUAGGAACUGUGUGUGUCUCAGUUGCUUGCUACAGAAUCUUUUGAAUGUGUAUUCAUCAAUAUUCCGUAGAGGGGAAGCACAUUCAAUUCCUUCAUCUCUUCAGGGAACAGCAUCCAUGACUUCUGCAGCAUCACUUGAUAAUUCUCUAUCAGACAUGUACCGUUCUCCACCAAGGCCCUUACCUUAUGACACAGAACAUCGGUUUUUCCGCUCGCAACGUGAUGGACUAGUUUCAAGGCGUGAAAAAAGUUCAAGUCAUUCAAAUGAGGAAACUGAACCUCUAAGAAGUGAUGUAGAUACAGAUUCAGAACCUUUAAAUUCAGGUGAAAAAUGGAAUGAAUGUGCCUGUGAAGAUGAAACGAAGAUAUACCGUUCUAAAUCUGCAUCAAGACUUUCAUCAGCAAAAUAUACAGCUGGAGCUGGACUCAUUUACGCGUCAUCCGAAGAAGAGGAUAUCUGUCCAACUUGUCUUGAAGAAUACACUAAAGAGAAUCCAAAGAUAAUGACAAAAUGCUCUCAUCAUUUUCACCUUGGUUGCAUCUAUGAAUGGAUGGAGAGAAGUGACAACUGUCCAGUUUGUGGAAAGGAAAUGGAAUUUGAUGAAACAACUUACUCUUGAUCAAUUGGGUCUUGGUGGAUAAAGUAAGCAACUGAAGAAAGGAGCAAUAUAUAAAUAUAGAGACAUUGUGAAUACUGAAAGAUGUGAAGUGUUUGUAUAUGUAUAGUAAGUAUGAAAGGUUUUCUUAAUCAUUUGUUGUGAGUUCAAUCUCAAUGCACUUGUGCUUUUUAGAUUGAAACAUAUAACCCCCUUGUCUGAAACUGUGAAGGAAAAAGAAAUAUGCAAUUUAGAUGUUUAACUAU